CCCGUGUCGUCUACAGGUCAUUUCACCACUCCAGACUUCCAGAGUUUCUCGUUCUUCGGGCCGGCAUCCCCCGGUGCCUCAGACGUUGACCCCCAGAUGUUCCCCGUCCAGUUCACCCCGCCCUACUUUGACUGCGGCGGUGCCAACAAGUGGGUGGUCAGUGCCGUCUCGCCUGUGGUGGACUUCAUGCCUCGAUAUUCGAACUUCACCCACAUGCGGAGACCGAGGUUCAUCGGCCUGAUUGUGAUGGACAUCGAUCUCAACAAAAUUGAUUUCAACCCGUGCGGACUCAGCCCCGGCAACCCAGGACCCAGUUACCUGGCUGGGAUAGACAGGUGCAAGCCGACCACAUCGUGUAAACACGUGGCCGGGUUUGGGUUAAAGCGCGGGAGUUACACGUGCGUGUGUAAGCCUGGCACGCGCUGGCCGUGGUGGCAUGACGCACCGUACCGGGGGGUGGACAUCGAGCAGGCCACGGAGGAUGAGUACACACAGGGAUUCACGUGCUUAAAGAACCAACUUCUUCAAGUUAUGCCAGUCGUUGACCAGCUGCCCAGCAUCAAGCUACAAGGCGGAAGUGACAUCACUAACACUCUACAAGCUCACCUGGCACGUGUCAAAACAUGGAUCAGCAGUACAGCCGCAAGCCAAGACUUUAAUCAACACAAGACAAGCAACAGGACUCCCGUCUAUGAGGCCCCCACACUCCCCAACACACCGCUAGACACCCACAGCAGAAUCUCAGUGCACGACGUUCAGGCCUGGAAUGAAAAGUUGAAUGUCAUGUUACUGGAGCAGAUGCGCCGUAGGACAUCAAGCACCGCGGGGAUGGAGGGAGGUGGAAGUGGGUACAGCGUUUAUGAGAUCAUGCGAUUGGUGGAUCGUCUGCGUGACUUUCAGGGAAAACGUCACAUAAAUCAGUCAACGACUUGUCCCGAUAGAGAUUCGUGUAUCCACACAGUGGAUAAUUACAUCCAGAAAAAUAAUGUCGACGUGGAUUUAGAGAGAGAAUAUCAGAGAGAUGUCAGCAAGUACAGAACUUUUAAAAGGAAUCUCCGGGAGUCAGGGAAUCCUGGCAAUGUUACAGGGUGUCUCAAAAUGUUGGCUGACAGAGUCACGUGGUUACGUCAACGGCAUGAGCAGCGGUACUGGCAGCAGGUUCAAGGUCAGCACGCGCGCAGGAAACGUGCGUCGGUGUUUGAUGAGGGCUCGUACAACAGGAUGUUGAGGCUGUUCCGUCAGAUCCAAUCGGUGACGUCAUCCAACUGCCGGCACGUGCCGAACCAUCAGCUCUACCUGCCUGGUGACGUCACCUACGGAGCCCAGCAGCAGUUCGAGGCCGAGGGCAGGACGGCCUUGAGACUCUCACACUUCCUGUCGCUCUACCUCCAGCAACCGUUUGCCUCGAUCAAGGGCGGCAACUCGGGAGGUGCUGGACCUCGUGUGCACGAUGACCACCUGUUUGGGGAGGUCGUGGCCAACGUCAUGGGGAACUUUAGGAUUCUGGCGGCAGGUGUCUUCUUUAACAGGGACGGGUUUGUUGACCGAGACGGCAGAACCCUGGAGAUGUUCGGACCCUGGGCCUACAGGAGGCAGGGGUCAGUCUACGCCCUGGACACGGCAGGACUUGCCUCCCCCUACCUGGACCAGGACUGGUUCCUCACGGCCAAGUCCAGAUUUUUGACCAAUGUCGCUGGUCUGGUCACGUACAAGAUGAGACCUUAUGUCAGGGCGAACCCCCAGGGAACCAGUUCCAAGCGCCACGAGAACUUCCCCCUGACGUACAGAGCCGCGCCCUAUGAGCUGGGCCACUGGACCAGACCCCACUUCCGGUGUGACGGGCGGGUCGACGCCUGGGUCAUCACCUACGUCAGUCCGUUCUUUGGGCUCGACUCUGUCGGGUCCAAACUCGAGUUUAGCGGCGUGACCACAGUGGAAGUGCCAUUAAAUCUUCUAGAAAUCAACCAGUGUCCACAGCCGUUUUAUGUGGCCAACGCCUUUAAAAACACGGCGCGAUGUGAUUACUUCUCUACCCAGUGUGCCCCUCUGAGUGGCUUCCCCUUCGUACGUGGCGCCUACUCUUGCAAAUGUCGUCUGGGCUUUGAGUACUGGCACGCAGACGGCAAGGAAUGGUUCGAGGGAUCCUUUGUGGAACUGGAAUAUGAAAAGAAAAAGGCGGGAAUAUUUAAUCG